AUGGACUCUCAAAUUUUCACUACUACUCCCAUGAAAACGCUUCUAGAAGAAAAACAAAAUGCAAAAGAAGAAAAGCUGCGGAAAAAUAAUCGUUCUCGGGAAGAAUCAAAAAUAAGAACUGUGAAAAGACAGGUGUUUAGCAAUUUUGCUGAUAAUAACGUUUCAGAGGAAAAAAAUAACAACACUGUCACUAAACAAAAACCAGAGCUCAGGGACAGAUCCAAAGUAACCUACAAUUUUAAUAGCGACGAUGAGGACAAAGAAAACUCAGAUGUUGAAAUCAAUGAAGACAUCUGUAUAAUGUGCGGCGAAUUCGGAAAAGAUAGGGAACUUUGGAUAAGGUGUGUCCAUUGUUCUGGGUGGGCUCAUAAGGCUUGCACCGAUGGAGAGGCUAAGAAAAUCUUCAUUUGCGAUUUCUGCCAAUGA